UUGUUGCGCAUCAUGUUGUUAUUCAUACAGGGGCGCCAAUUCUCGUUGAGAACAUCGACGAGACGGUUCUUUUGCCGUGGAGAUGAAGAGAAGACUACAGAAAAAAUACAUCAUCUUAAUUUUAGGUUAUUCCGUUGUACUCCUUUUAAUUCCAUAUGUACUAGAUUACCGGGCUAAAUCGGCUCAGGUUAAACAUGGACUGCAACAGCCAAGGUGUCCCGAUUUGGAAAAUACAAUAGCAUUAUGGAAUAACGGAGAUAAAUCGGGUAACACCACGGACACGAUAGAGGACGUUGUCAACAGGAGUCAUUCAAAAACACAUAUCUAUCUACAUGCAACAUGGAGAACAGGAUCUUCGUUUUUGGGGGAACUGUUCAACCAGCACCCAGAUGUAUUCUAUUUAUACGAACCGAUGUGGAAUAUGUGGCAAGCUCUCUACCCAGGAGACGCUGGAAGUCUGCAAGGGGCUGUGCGUGAUAUGAUGAAUUCGCUUUUCCGUUGUGAUUUUUCUGUCUUGAAAUUAUACGCUGGCUCAAGCAACAUUAGCACAUCUUUUAUUUUUGGUUGGAAGACCAACAAAGUGAUUUGUUCCGAACCUUUGUGCAGCGCAUACAAGAAGCAUGAAGUUGGAUUAAUUCAAGGAGAGGUCUGCAGUAAAUGCACGGCGAAGGACAUCAAAGAACUAGAAAGAGAGUGCAAAAAGUACCCUGUUGUUGUCAUUAAAGACGUGCGGGUUUUAGACAUGGGUGUGCUGGUACCCCUGAUGAGGGACCCUUCUCUGAACCUCCAAAUCGUCCAGUUGUUCAGAGACCCGCGGGCUGUGCACAAUUCUCGGCUGAAAUCUAAAUUAGCCCUGGUAAAAGAAAGCAUACAAGUGCUUCGAAGCAAGAAGCAGACUGAUAAAUAUAAACGCCUGCUCGUUCCAAACAACAGAGUAAAUCGCGCUGAGAGCUACGUCGCCAGUGCCAUGGAGCUCAUAUGCGAUAACUGGCUGAAUGACAUGUUGCUCGUUAUGAACGCGCCUCCAUGGUUGAAGAGGAACUACAUGCGAGUACGCUACGAAGAUUUGGUGAUGCACCCAGUAGAGGAAUUGCAGAGGCUAUAUCGGUUCUCUAAUCUCACGUCUUCCCCAGCUUUGGAGAAGUUCGUGUUGAACAUGACGCACGGACAAGGGUAUUCCUCUGACAAACCAUUCCUCAUAUCUUCAAGAGACGCCAAAGAGGCCAUCUUCGCCUGGCGAGAACGGUUGAACGUUGAGCAAAUUAACUAUGUCGAAUCAUACUGUAAUGAAGUCAUGCGCCAGUUGGGCUAUCCGAAAAGAAAUGUGGACAAAACAUAGUCAUUUCGUCUGCGCAGGAGAAUUGAGGAGCUUCAUGCACAGGAGCAGAGUGCGGGGAGCGGGAGGGGCAAGUGGCGACGGCAGGGCUGGUAAGACGGCCACAGCACUGGGCAAAGCGGGACGGAAGACUGGCACAACUGGACCCUGUUCCCUCAAGGUGGGCAUCCUGCCUGCCUGCCUGCCUGCCUGCCUGACUGUCUACUCACAUUCAGAAGAGACAAGAAAGAGGAUGUGCUAUGAAAAGCCUCUGGGCCUGAUAGACAACAGCUUCAUCUUACGGAACAACAGAGUGAGAUAGAUGAGAUAGAGGAGGGGCGGGGGGGGUGAGGGUGUAUUUCCACGCUUGUACCCAUAUUGAGCAGGCUCUUAGAAAAGAGCGUAUUUGGAGACACUAAUACCGAGACGAAAGAGAGAAUAAGAGGCUUGAAAGGGAAAGGGGAUAUCAGGGUAGACGGACAGGAGGAGAAAGUGAGCAGGAAAGUGACCAGUGUUGACCUGACGCCCAGAUUUCAUCAGAGUUAAUCCCUCGCCAAUCCCUUUGCAAGCCCUAAUCGGCCAAGGCUGGCCUUGCCUGGGACAGAGCUCCAUACAGGGUCCAGCGCUUUCGUGUUGUGUCUCCCCUCCACCUCCUCCCCUGGUCCCUGCCGGCCGAGUCUCUGGAACAUGUGGGCCUCGCCUGUCGUUCACACUCCACUCUUGAGAACAGACCUCACAUCUAAACCUACAAAAAAAAAGUGGAGGACCACUAACAUUUUCAAAAUGUGCAGCUGUGUUAGGUGACUGGGAUGCGUGACAUUUUUAAAGGCUGCUGGAUAAUUUUAUGGGACCGUCUUGGAGAGCAGGGUGUUGGUGGGAAGCAGACUUGCUGCGGACUGCUGCUCUCGACGUGCCCGGUCCUCGAUGGUUCACUUACACCGUGGUGUGAAAUUCCUUAAGGUCCCGUGGAAAUGCCUGUGAGGUCUCCGGGUAUUUCCAUCACACUGUGACUAUGUGCGCUAGCCCGCCGCUCACACCGAGGCUCAGAUUUCUCACGUUUCUGGGUAAACACGUGAACCAUGCCAGGGUACGCCCAAUAACACCAUCCACAGUAACACUGUUUGCACCCAAUAACACCAUCCACAGUGACAGUGUUUGGUUUUCAAACUAAAAGACACAUGUUGUGAGUCUUAUUCAUCUGACCUCCUGUAUUUAGAUACAAACAGCUCAUGAGUGCAGUGUUUCGCAGUCAGAUGUUCUGGAACGAACACAUUCUGCAUUCUCUUGCACUUGUAAGUCAUUUGUGUUUACAGCAUCUUACAGUUCCCUGGAUUUCUUCAAUGUUUCAGUCACUCCAAGCCAUGAAGACUAUUAUCUCUAAGGGACUAAACUUUUUAACUGACUUCAUCACCAUAUUUAUGAACUGAAUAAAUGACACUUUUUAAGAAAAAAA